UAUCAUACGUUUAAUAACAACGUAAAUAAUGGACUGGGCUUAAAAUGGAUGAAUUGGAUGAUUGCAGCAUAAGUUCUAGUCCAACCUUGGCAAAGGCAGCUGGCUGCUAUACUCGGUCCCAACGGCUGCAACAGCGCAACAAGAAUAAAAGCCAUAAUGUGCCAGCUCAACCGGAGGGAGACAUCAAUCUUGAGCUGAGCAUAUAUGAAGCGGAUAGAUUGGACUGUUUGCGCGCACAGCAGGAGCCAGCACGAGAGCGUCUUGUACCUGCCUCGCAAAAUUUUAUAUCACUGCAGUCGCUGCUUGCAGAUGACAAGCUGCCAGAGGAUGAGAUAGAGCAUGUGGCAUCUGGUGAACUGGAACAGGUGCCAAAGAGCAUUGUGGACCAAAUAUCACAGGACUUCUGCUCACUUGAGGAGGAGGAGUUACCGCAGUUUAAGUAUCCUUGGUUUCGAUUCAGUCACAUAAAAAUCAAAACCUAUGCUCGUAAAAGAAAGAUAUCGCCGGAAAAGCAAGAAAUUACUGAUGAGGACGAUAGAGUUAGCUGCUCCUCAGAACUAUCUGUACAGGAAGACCAUACUGCAGACGUACCCACUACAAGCCACUUCGCCUUUGACUCCAAUGUGUCACAAAAGAUUUGUGAGAAUCUUCUUAACCUGAGUGCCUUUUUUAGUCAAAAUAAUGCCAAUACCAGUAUUGAUCUGCCGGCAAAUGUAGAACUGCCAGCAGUAACAAUUGAGUCAAGGGAGAAUGAUAGCGAUGAUUUAAGCGACAAUACUUAUAAUAUUGGUAACACGGAGCUCUGCAGACUUGUUGAUAUAGAAUGUAGCAAUCAAACUGAAGCAAGAGCUGAACUUACUCUUUUUAGGGAGAGUACACAAACCCCAACAGCUAAGAUUAUUAACGAUGUUCAAUUGGAGAAUGAUAUAAAGCUUUUUGAAGCUGAAAAGGAAAACCAUAAUGUAAAUUUACCUCGUGCAAUAGUUCCAGAAAGCUGCAAAGAAAUAAAACCAGAGAGAGACGGGGACAACAAACCUGUAUUCUCUGAUAGCGAUCCGCUCAAUGGAAUAGUUCUUAGUCAGUGGCCUCUGGAUGACCUCGAAUCAAACGCAAAUCAGACGGAUGUUGACAGUUGCAUAAAAAUCGAGCUUGAGCUUGAUGAGAAUCAGUUGGAUAUGAUAUUUGAUGAAUGGGAACCCUUAGAUUCAAUAGAUACAGCAACGGCUGCAGAGCCUGUUCAAUUUCGAACAGCAUCCAACAAAUGCAUCGAGAUCUCAGAAGAGCAACAACAACAAGCAGUCAGGUUAAUGUUAGAUUUAGAAGCAAGUGCAACGCAGAUUUUCAAAGAAACAAGCGAAAAUCUUGAAUUUCGAACUGCAUCAAAUAAGGUUGUGGUAUUGUCGCAGGCAGUACAAAAGAAAGCUGCAAUAUUAAUGGCCGACUUGGAGCUGGGAGCUGAUCCCGCAUAUGUACAAGAAACUGUACAUGAUGAUUGGAAUAUGUUUCGCACAGCUUCGAACAAAACUAUUAAGUUAACGGAGGAGAUGAAAAAAUCAGCAAAUAAUCUCUUAGCUGAUUUGGAAUAUAAUAACCUAGAGCAGCCUUUAGCAGCUUGUGAGCCUGUAUUAGUAAAAGAUAUUCCGCUGAGUGGAAGUAAAGUGAAUGCAUCUGUGCAGAUUGAAUUAGAGCCUGCCAAGCUGGAAAUGGAGGCUGUCAAUAAACCGAAUGAAUCUUGCAAAAAUUCUUCUAUCUCCGAGGUAAAAAAAACUCUAUUAACUGAAGAGUUUAACACUACUUCUGCCCGAGGUAAGGAGGAUAAUUGCUUAAUAACAGCAACGCCUAAACAGCGUAAGGUACACUUAUUAAGACACUCUUCGUAUGAGACACCAAAAUGUCCACAAGAAACAUCGUCUUCCUUGUUGAGUCUACUGUCAACAAAAUCACCUUUGCAACAAGAAGCAAAACAAUCUUUAGUUAUGCGUCGCAAUGUUCUAUCGAUGUAUAAGCGUAGGAGGUUGGAGAGACACUCAGACGACUCUAAUUUAAGAUCUAAGGACGCAGAAACGCCCCUAAGUCAACGUUGCCUAUUACUGGCAGAUACGAUGACUACACCUGUGGCUAUUAAAACAUCGCCGCGCAAACUCCUAAGAGAUCGCAGUUGUUCCCAGGAUUCGCCACGCAUUCAACGUAAGCCUUUGACAAGUCGACUCACAGCAGAAGCUUUAUCUCCCUUUGCACCAUCUACCAGCACGCCCAUGCCGCAUAGAAAUUCAAAUAUUGUGGAUGAUAACAGCAUAUUCAGCACUUCAAUGGAUGAGAUUGGUAGUCAACACAAGCGUUUAAGAAAACGUGUAAGCGAAGAUGCACUGUCUCCUAUUUACGCGCCAACUAAUAAGACGCGUCGCUUAGGCUUAAGUCGCACGCGCAACAAAUGAUAUAUAGAAUUUUGGUUUUUUUUUUUUUUGUUUUGAAAACUCGUUAAAUGUAAAUUUUGUACACUUACAGCACUGUCUGGCUAAACCAAUUUUGAUGUCGUUUAUUUAUAUGCGUUACACAAUACUACCAAAUGUGUGUCAUACUCAGUGCUGACAGAAUUUCCUGUUAAGAAUAGGCUAGAUUUAGAAAUAAAAUAGGCUAUAAAGCUAAGUACAUGCUAAUAUAA